AAUGCCACAUACAAAAGCCUCGGUGUUUUGAGUGCGAUGAUUAAUUUAACCGCACCUGGUCUCGAAGCUAGUCAAGGUAUUGCACCCUCCAACACUUCUCGCUCUGCCGCAUAAUUUGAACGAGGGGCCCUGGAAGGAACGAAUUCACUCGGUCAGCUGGUCACUCGUCGGUGGGAGAAUCACUUCUAUCUCGGUUCUCUGUGACAUCCAAUACGAGUCACGGCGGCCAUGGCAAGUCUGAACGGUACACUAGGAGACAAAACAGUGACACUAGGGCCCAACGACAAUGGUGUUGUCCCAGAGCAAGAGUAUCGCCGCCCAAAGAUCACGACUGGCACCUCAGAAGAAUACCGUCAGCGCCUGGCCGAAAUCAGCUCGCGUGCUACGGUGUCAGAUCCUCUGAACAUUCUUUUUGAGCGGGACAAGGUCGGAGGCGCACCAAUUGAGGUCGAGCCAAGCACAUUGUACCGGAGUUCGUUGAAACGAUUGGAAGUCAAGGUGGCAGCCGGGGCAGUGAUUGUGGAAGCGGCCAAUUUUGCAGCUGCAGCAUGCUGGCAACCGCCGAGCGCUGUUCCUGACCCUCUGAGCGAAGCAGAGAUUGUGCAGAUGGAGAAGGAACGGCCGGUGUUUGCGAACUUCGUGCGCCAGAGUCAGGGCAUCCUGAAUAACUACUUAGGGACAAAGCAGAAGCCAUAUCUGUUGACCUUGAUGGCGAGAGAUCCCAACAGGAAGGACAAAGGCGCCGUGAGGGCUGUGAUCGAACCUUUUGUGGAGAAAGCAAAACAAGAAGGGGUGCCCUUGUGGCUCAUUGCGGGCAAUCAGAGGGCCCGAGAUGUCUAUGGAUGGCUGGGCUUUCGUGAGGUCCAAGUCUUUUACUCUUAUCCUCAUCCACGGAAGCCUCAAGAUGAGGGAAUCCCUAGCUGGUGUAUGGUCGCCAAUUAUCCUCCAGAGUCCCCUUCUUAGAUUUAUACCUACAUAUGUCGGACCCUAAGCCAAUGAUAUAGACAGUGGCAUAUCGCUGCUGCAUAGACG